AUGAGUGUAGCGGAGAACCCACGCCGUCUCAGUGAAGUCAUCGCUGUCCUGGGUGAGAUGCUGGUCGCACAGUCGCUGCUCGGGAACGGUGAAGUCAACAUGGCAUCCGGUCGCGAACGUGUUGCACGAAAGUGGGUUAGUGUGGUCAAACGACGAGAAGGUUGCGGGAUGCGUGGUUUGAUCACUUUGGUGCAGUGUGCCGUGUUGCUACUGAUCGUACCCGAUCGUACUAGCGCCAUCAGCUAUCGGAAGGACACGGGAUUCGCCACCGAUGGGAUGGAUCAGUUCGUGUUCCGGGAGCCUGCAACGAGCGUGAGCGAUCCAUCUUCUACGAAUCAGUUUACUCCCAUGUACUCCACACACAUUGACCCCUCGUCACAGGUGAAGCGUUCCGGAAGAGUCCGUUUUGCCGAUACUUCCGACACGCCUCCGUUUAACGGCGGCGUGAAAAGUAACUUCUUCGGGACAGGAUCUGUAGUUAGCGGAUCGUCCCCGGUUGGUUCACCAUUUGCUCAUCGAGAUCGUGAUAGUGAUCAGUUCUAUACCGUUGGAGCCUCGAUCCAGUUUGCGGGUAGCGGUGGAGAUACAAUCACUCCUCCACCACCACUUCCUCCCGCAGACAACCAGCAGAAACCGAAAAGGAGGAAAAACAAGUACAAGUAUGUGGCGAACGAUAAGAUAUACAAUGCAGGUGAACAGGGUCCGGAUCAGGGUCAAUUCUCUCCGUAUGCUGCGUACGGAUCAGAUCAACAGCGAUAUUCGUCCCCGUUGCAGGGAAAUUAUCUAACACCGAAUGGAGCUCGUCCUGUCCAAGGUGGACAGUUUGAUAGUAAUUAUCCCGAGCUACAAAAGCAACAGUAUCCAUUUAGUAUAGGAACACAAUACCCUGGCAGUAACUACUACAACACUCAACAACAACCAGUGGCUGGGGCUGGUGGUGGACCUUAUAAUCCUUACCAGUACCAAUACCCAGGAACGUAUGCUUCAGAUGCGGCAUAUCCAAAUCCUUACCAACAAGGAUAUUAUCCUGCACAACAACCCCAAUCGCCAGUUGGUUCAACUGGAUUUGGUCAACCUCCCAAUGCGCAAAGUAUUCUCGGGGUACUACAGAGCAUCUUUAACUUUGCACCCGGUACGUUCGGAACCUUCCCACCAUCGCCGACACGGCCCGGAAGUGCUUAUGCGAGUCCUCCGGGACCAGCGGCUGGAUUUGGUGGUGUCGGUGGACAACUUCGGCAAGCACUGGACAACAUAUCGGAAAAUGAUGAACUUCAGUGCGUCCCGAAGCUUAUCUGCAUGAUGUCACGCAGUUCCAGUGGGCAAGGCUUUAGUAGUUACGUGAACCGAGGACUCCUUUCAACAAUUCUUAGUGCUGUUCCGGAUAGUUCACCAUGGUUAAAGUUUUCGAGAGCAGCUCUGCUGGGUUACGGAAUCGGUGCAAACAGCUGUGACGCUUACUAUCCCAAAUGUCCCAAGGAUGAAAUGCAGAUCCUGUACUACCUGAACAAUCAUCGGGGAGGCUUUUUCCGGUUCUUCAACAACGGUGAGCAAGGUCAGUAUCCACAGCAGCAGCAAUACGGAUAA